AUGGCGACAGCGGCGGCGGCGGCGGCGGGGGAUGCGUCAGGCGGGCAGACGGCAGUGAGUGCCGGCCGGAACGGCACCACCAGCACCGCCGCCGGCCCGGACGUGACGGAAACCGGCAAGUCUGCCAGCCGCGAGGGGACGGUGCGGCUGACGUCACGCGGGAUCGUGUGGACGGACGACGAGGUCGAGCGCGUGCUGACGGCCGCGCGGGAGCGCAUCGGGCCGUGCCACGUGGACAUGAUGACGUGGCGGCGCGCGAUCCACGCGUAUCCUGAGCUGUCGUUCGAGGAGGAGCGGACGGCUGAGAUGGUGGCGGGAUUGCUGGCGGAGUGGGGGUAUGACGUGGACAGGAGCCUCGGGAGUACCGGCGUGGUGGGGACUCUGACAGUGGAGGAGGGGGGAAGCGCGGAGGGUGGAGAAGCUGAGGAGCUUCCGCCGGCCAUCAUGCUGAGGGCGGACAUGGACGCGCUGCCCAUGGAGGAGGGCAACGCGUUUGAGCACCGCUCCCAGCGCAUCAGCACCAUGCACGCAUGCGGGCACGACGGCCACACUGCCAUGCUGCUGGGAGCAGCGCGGUACCUGGCAGAGCACCGCCCCUUCAGAGGGCGCAUCCACGUGGUGUUCCAACCCGCCGAGGAGGGCACGCCCACACACAACCAAUACGGGCGGGAGGGAGGGGGAGCACUGGCCAUGCUUGAAGAUGGGUUGCUCGAGAAAUACCCCGUGCGGGCUGCAUUCGGCAUGCACAACUGGCCAGGGCUGCCAGUGGGGCGGUUUGCAAUCCACUCGGGUCCGGUGAUGGCGGGAGUGGACAACUUCCACAUCACGGUGGGGGGCACGGGCUGCCAUGCCGCCAUGCCACACCUGGGAGGGGGUAGUGACCCCGUGCUCGCUGCUGCUAACCUCGUCACCAACCUGCAGGCGUUGGUGAGCAGGGUGGUGGAUCCACAUGACAGUGCGGUGGUGAGCGUGACGCAGAUACACGCAGGGGACGCCUUCAACGUCAUCCCUCCCUCCGCGGAGGUGAAGGGCACGCUGAGGACGUACCGGGGGGAGACGAGGGAGGCGAUGAUGCGAGGCAUAGAGCGCAUGGCACAGGGCGUCACUGCUGCUCAUGGCUGCACGGCCACGGUGCGGUUCUGUGACCACUUCCCCGCCACUGUCAACACGCCCAGGGAGGCACAGGAGGCGGCAGCAGCGGCACGGGCAGUGGUGGGAACAGCUUUGGUAGACCUGGACUCGCGCGCGCCCUCCAUGGGCGCCGAGGACUUUGGAUACAUCCUGGAGAGAGUGCCUGGUUGUUACCUGUGGAUAGGCAACGGCCCCACAGAAGGAGGCUGCAUGCUGCACAAUCCCUUGUACGAUUUCAAUGACGAUAUUCUUGCACUGGGGGCGAGCUACUGGACUUGUCAGCUGAGGUUCUCACGUUCGCGGGCCGCCAUGGCCUCUCAGUUAGCCUGGCGGACGGCUGCCACCUCGGCGCGUCGCGGCUUGAGAGAAGGCCAGCGUAUCGUGGCUUCAAUGACGUCAUCUUCUCUUGUCCCUGUUGUGAGCGACGUCGCCUCGGGAUCUCCGAGUACCUCGAGAGCAUCUGGACCGUCCGAUCACAUCGAUCUGUCCCCGUUACAAACCGUCGAUCAAACUCUUCAAUCCCCACCGCCAUCAAUCAUGCUGACGUCAUCCUUCCCGCUCCGCCAUCCCCUUACCGGUUCCAUCUCCGCGCGCAUCCCUUGCGCGGACGCGAUCGCUGGGGGCUUCAUUGCGCUCAGGUCGCAGCCACGUGGCGCUGCGCCAUUCCACUCCACCGCGCUCCCAGCAGCAGCAGCCAGCGCGGAUCAAAAUGCGGGCGGCGGUGGCGGGGGGACGGGGGGAGGCGGAGCGGAAAAGGGAGGCGGAGGGGAGGGGCGGAAGGAGGAGGACGGGGAGUGGCGGCAGUGGAUUCAGCAGGCGCUGUCCAAGGAUGGGGAGGGGGGAGGCAAGGAGGGCCGCGAGCAGCAGGCACGCAUGGCAGUAGCCAAGCUAAGCAGGCAAUCAGGCGCGGCCCAGCCCCCCUCCGCCUCCCCUCCCCUCCGGCCUCCCUCCCACCGCUUCUCCUCUCCCCCCUCCGCCCCCUCUUCCUUUUCCCCCUCCUCCUCUUCCCUCUCUUCCCAAGACUUUGAUGAGUUAGAGGCGUUGAUUGGGCCUGAUGAGGAGGACGAGGAGGAGGAGAGGAGGGGAGGGGGGAGAUUUGGGGGAGAGAACAGGGGAGGGAGGACAGUGGGAGGGGGGAGAGGGAGAGGAGAGUUGGUAGAGGAAGGGGAAGAGAGCUAUGGGAGAGGCGGUCGCGCAGGGGGGUACGGGGGGCGGAGUGGAGGGAGGAGGAGCUGGGGAGAGGGGGAGGAGUGGGGGGGUCGGGCAGGAGGAAGCGGGGAAGGGGCAAGGGGGAGGUAUGGGGGUGGGGGGGAAGCCGGGGGCGCAGCUGGAGGGGUGGGGAGCUGGGGGCGGGGGUCGGGCAGGAGGAAGCGGGGAAGGGGCAAGGGGGAGGUAUGGGGGUGGGGGGGAAGCCGGGGGCGCAGCUGGAGGGGCGGGGGCGGGGGGAUGGGCGUUGGUCCAUGGCAGGGGGUGGCGGAGGUGGAGGCGGAGAUGGUGCUAUCAGACCGGGCGAUGAGAGCGGUGAGAGAGGUGGACCUGGAGGAGGGCGAGGAGACCUUCCAGUUCCGCCCUGACCGCAUCUACUACCCGGGGCAGACCUACUCCGCUGAGGAGCUGGACAUAUCCCAGCCCCUGCCAGACGGCACGGGGGACUUGCGGCGCAAGCUGCCCGUCCCCACCACCAAGGAGACUCUCCGCGCUGCUGACUUCCGCAAUGCGCGUUUCCUGUCACAAUUCAUAUCUCAAACCGCCAAAAUCAAACCCACAAACAAGACUCGGCUUUCUGCCAAGGCGCAGCGCCGUGUGGCUCGGGAGAUCCGAACCGCACGAGUCUUUGGGCUCAUGCCAUUCACGCAGGCGGGCCGACCGCCGUUUAGGUUCGGCAAGGACCCGAACCUGGAGUCAGGGGAGCCGGAGGAGGAGGAGCUUGAACUGGCAGCGGCAGUUGAUGACGUGAAGGAGCUCAAGGCCAUGGCUGCGAGAUAG